AUGAAGGCUCUCAUUCUGGUGGGAGGGUAUGGCACGAGGUUGCGACCUUUGACCCUGAGUCGCCCCAAGCCACUGGUGGAGUUCUGCAAUAAGCCCAUGCUCCUCCACCAGGUGGAAGCACUGUCAGCGGUUGGGGUCAAGGAAAUUGUGCUAGCUGUCAGUUACAGGGCAGAACUUCUGGAGCAGGAGCUGAAAGAACAAGCCAAAAGGCUCGGCGUCAAGAUUACAACAUCACAUGAAGUUGAACCUCUAGGAACAGCUGGUCCCCUGGCGCUAGCACGCGACAUCCUGAAAGAGGACGGGGAACCGUUCUUUGUCUUAAACAGCGACAUCAGCUGCGAGUUUCCAUUCCAAGAAAUGAUAGACUUCCAUAAAAAACACGGCAAAGAAGGAACAAUUGUAGUCACAAAAGUCGAAGAACCGUCCAAAUAUGGAGUCGUGGUCUACAACGAAUUGGGAGAAAUCCAGAGAUUUGUUGAGAAGCCACAGGUGUUUGUCUCCAAUAAGAUCAACGCUGGCAUGUACAUCUUCAAUUCUGGAAUCCUGGACAGGAUAGAGUUGAGACCCACUUCCAUUGAGAGGGAAGUCUUUCCACAGAUGGCUUUGGAUGGCCAACUCUACGCAAUGAACCUACAAGGUUUUUGGAUGGACGUUGGUCAGCCCAAAGACUUCUUGACCGGCAUGGGCAUGUACCUGAACUCACUCAAACAGAAGAACUCAAACACGUUACACAGCGGUGAAGGAAUAGUCGGAAAUGUCCUCGUGGAUCCCAGUGCGAAGAUCGGUGCUAACUGCAGAAUAGGACCCAACGUGGUCAUCGGGCCCGACGUGACGAUCGAGGACGGCGUCUGCAUCAAACGCAGCACGGUCCUACGAGGCACCAACAUCAAGUCGCACGCGUGGAUAGACUCGUGCCUGAUUGGAUGGGCCUGCGUCGUGGGACAAUGGGUGAGGAUGGAGAAUGUCUGUGUCUUGGGUGAAGACGUUAUCGUCAAGGAUGAACUCUACAUCAACGGUGGCCGCAUCCUCCCCCACAAAUCCAUCGGGACGUCCGUCACCGAACCGCAAAUUAUCAUGUAACGUUUAGAAAACGCUCCCACAAAUGAUUCCCAGUUAUUUUUAUAAAUCAAAUCGCUGUGCUGCUUUUUAGUUUAUUUUAUAUUAGGAUCUAUUAAUAAAUUAUUGUAAUUGAAUAAACAAAUUCUGUCCAUAUGGACUAUAUGCAGAAGUACCUCCUUCAGUGCUAACGAAGAGAAAAUUUAGCGGGGGCUACAUGUGCUGCCGGUGUGCGCACACUCAAAGAGUAUAAUUAUUCGCGUGUACUCCAUGCCAUAUGUACAAAGGCCAAUGCUUUAUACAGGAUGCCCCCCCCCCCC